AUGUCAUCUGGAAAACCAACUGAAGAGCAGCUGGAAAGAGCCCUUAUAAGCAGGGACAUCAAGAGGACCUCACACCGAGACUGGGGCACGUACCACCUGAGAGCUGGUUGGGGUUUGAGAAGUCCUGAUGUUUUCCAAAGAUUCUUCAAUCACUCUCUUUCUUCAUAUGAUGAAGGUCAAGGAUCUAAAUUUAUCCGAAAAGCUAGAGAGACACCAUUUGUCUCUAUGGGAAUGGUGGGUUUUGCAGCGAUCGUUGCAUAUGGAUUAUACAAAUUGAAGAGCAGGGGGAAUACUAAAAUGUCCAUUCACCUGAUCCACAUGCGCGUGGCAGCCCAAGGCUUUGUUGUGGGAGCAAUGACUCUUGGUAUGGGCUACUCUAUGUAUAAGGAAUUCUGGGCAAAACCUAAACCUUAGAAGAAGAGAUGCUGUCUUGGUCUUGGUGAUGUUUGCUAUCGUUAGACAUCUCAUAUUGAGGUUAUAUGUUAUGUUGAAAAUAAAUCGUUUGAG